CAUUCCUCGUUCACCUCUCUCUCUCUCUCUCUCUCUCUCUCUCUCUCUCUCUCUCUCAAAUUAACAUGGUGGAGCAGAAGAGAUAUGCUCUGUUUCUGGCAACACCGGACUCGGAGUUCGUGAAGAAGUCGUACGGAGGAUACUUCGACGUGUUCAAAUCCAUACUCGCCGACGCCGGAGAACAUUGGGAUGCCUUCCGUGUCGUCGCCGGCGAAUUUCCCGACGAGAAAGAUCUCGAAACCUACGACGGUUUCGUCAUCAGUGGAAGCUCUCACGACGCUUUCGCCGACGACGAUUGGAUCCUCGAGCUCUGCUCUCUCGUCCAGAAGCUCGACCACAUGAAGAAGAAGGUUCUUGGCAUCUGCUUCGGCCACCAGAUUAUAUGCAGAAUCAGAGGUGGGAAAGUGGGAAGAGCUCGUAAGGGACCGGAGCUUGGGUUGAGGAACAUAACCAUAGCGAAGGGCGCUGACGAGAAGCUCGGAGAAUACUUCGGAGACGAUGAAAUUCCGACAUCAUUAAACAUCAUUAAAUGCCAUCAGGACGAAGUGCUGGAGCUUCCGGAAUCUGCUAAAGUCAUCGCGUAUUCAGACAGGUACGAUGUGGAGAUGUUCUCCAUUGAAGAUCACUUCUUCUGCAUCCAAGGUCAUCCAGAGUACAACAGAGAGAUCGUCUUCGAGAUCAUCGACCGUGUUCUUGGUUUCGGUUACAUCAAGCAAGAAUUUGCAGAUGCGGCAAAGGCUACGAUGGACAAGACGGAGCCGGACAGGGAGCUCUGGAAGAUACUUUGCAAGAAUUUCCUCAAAGGACGUCGCGACUUGGCUUGAUUAUUUAUUUUUAGUAUUUUAUUAAAUCCACGGGAUAUGUAAUAUCGGUGAUGCUUAUUUAUAAAUAAAGGAACAAUAAAUAUUAAAUAUA